CGUGGCGUCGCUUCGUUUUUGACGUGUUGCUAGUUUACGGAUGACACGGUAAACUAGCAACACAAUUAGUUGUUUGUCACACUACUUUCCCCCCAAAAUGCCGCCACCGAACUCAAGGGUUUAGAAAAAAAAAUGUGUACUGUCUCUUUAAGGUCCCUCGGCUCGUCUGUUUCGUAUUGAUCAAUCCACCAUUUUCCAACACACAGCGGCGGCAGUGCUAACACAGCUCCGGCAGCGCCACAGAAGAGAGAGCCACCCCUCUACCUGGAGAGGAAGCCAGGGACCGGGGGCAGUCAUGGCAGCGAACAUGUACCGGGUUGGAGAUUAUGUUUAUUUUGAGAACUCGUCCAGUAACCCACUGCUGAUCAGGAGGAUAGAGGAGUUGAACAAGACAGCCAAUGGGAACGUGGAGGCCAAAGUGGUGUGUUUUUACCGGCGCAGGGACAUCUCUGGCACACUCAUCGCCCUGGCAGACAAACACGCAAGGGAGCUGGAGGAGGAGAUGGAGAAUCCAGAGAUGGCGGACCUCCCCGAGAAACAGAAGCACCAGCUCAGACACAGAGAGCUCUUCUUGUCCCGACAGCUGGAGUCUUUACCCGCCACACACAUCAGGGGGAAGUGCUGUGUGACUUUGCUGAACGAGACAGAAGCCCUUAAGUCUUACCUGGAGAGAGAGGAUGCCUUUUUCUACUCGCUGGUAUACGACCCUCAGCAAAAGACCCUGCUGGCUGACAAAGGGGAGAUCCGCGUUGGGAACAAGUACCAGGCCGACAUCACCGACCUCCUGAAAGAAGACGAGGAAGAUGGAAGAGACUUGGAGAAACUGGAGGAGAAGAUCUUUGACCCCAACAGCUUGCUGACCGAGAAACAGAUUGACCAGUUCCUAGUGGUUGCUCGGUCCGUCGGUACCUUCGCCAGAGCCUUAGACUGCAGUAGUUCGGUCCGGCAGCCCAGUCUGCACAUGAGUGCUGCUGCAGCCUCCAGGGACAUCACGUUGUUUCACGCUAUGGACACUCUCCAUGCCACGGGCUACGACAUGACCCGAGCCAUCGCGGCGCUGGUACCUCAGGGUGGGCCCGUCCUCUGCAGGGAUGAAAUGGAGGAGUGGAGCGCCUCGGAGGCCAACCUGUUCGAGGAGGCACUCGAGAAAUACGGCAAAGACUUCACCGACAUCCAGCAGGAUUUUUUGCCAUGGAAGUCCCUGACAAGUAUUAUUGAGUAUUACUACAUGUGGAAGACUACAGACAGAUAUGUACAGCAGAAACGAUUAAAAGCAGCCGAGGCAGAAAGCAAGUUGAAGCAGGUCUACAUCCCCAACUAUAACAAGCCAAACCCCAACCAGCUGAGUAACAUUGUCAAACUACCUCUGGUGAAUGGAGCGGCAGUUGCAGGUGUCCCGGGGCCAGGUGUCCAAGUACCUAGUGUCCAAGUACCUGGUGUCCAAGUACCUGGUGUCCAAGUACCUGGUGUCCCAGCGCCAGGUGUCUCAGCGCCUGCUGUCCCGGGGCCAGGUGUCCCAGCGCCUGGUGUCCCGGGGCAAGGGGUCCCCGGCGUCCCCAGCGUCCCAGGAGUCCCAGCAGUCCCUGCAGUCCCGGGCGCCCCAGGCCCACCAGGCUUGACGCAGACCCCUGUCCUUGGAAGAGCCUGCGAGAGCUGCUACACAAGCAGCUCCUACCAGUGGUACUCAUGGGGACCUCCAAACAUGCAAUGUCGCCUGUGUGCUUCAUGCUGGAACUACUGGAAGAAGUACGGAGGGCUCAAGAUGCCAACCAGAUUGGAUGGAGAGAGACCUGGACCCAACCGCAGCAGCAUGAGCCCCCAAGGUUUGCCCCUUCGGCACAGCGGCAGCCCCAAAUUCGCAGUGAAGACGAGACAGGCUUUCUUCCUGCAGACCACCGGCCUGACGCAGCUGGCACGCCGCCUUUGCCAUGACAUCAUCAGGCCGCGGUACCUCGCCAGGCACCCCUACCUGCCUGUCAACACGGCCGCCAUAAAGGCAGAGUGCGCCCUGCGGGGGCCAGAGGCGCCAAAGAAGCCGCUGCCACUGAAACCAGUGGAACGUAAACCUCUGGAGUCUGUGGUUCGGUAUUUAGAAGCACACCCGCGUCCAGCCAAACCCGCCCCCCCGCCUCGUGGGGCCUCCAUCUCUUCAGCCAGCCUGACGCCCAUUAAGUCCUCCCCCAUCCUCAACAACGGCUCCCCCACCAUCCUGGGCAAGCGCAGCUACGAACAGCACAACGGAAUGGAUGGCUCUAAAUCCAAAAUCCUGGCUCCACAGUGGGACAUCAUGGCCAAGCGUCUGAGCGAAGCCGGGCGGCCCUCAGUCUCCAUGCAGGACGAGGUGCAUGAACUGGACUGAGCGCUCGGCGGGAAUGACCUACUACAAACCCCAGUGAGAGGGUGACAUGAAAUGGAAAGGCACUUUCCAACCAACCAUAUGCGAGGGCAGCUGAGGAGACGACAGCAUCGGUCACCUUUCAUGAGUCGGCAUGGAUCCGUCACACCGCUGCGGACCAAUCGGCAAUUGAUCACUCUGGCUGUGGUCAAUGAGAAGAUGAGCCUGACUGUACAGGACUGUGUUUAUUACUUACAUUUCUCUUUAUUACUGUCAUUGUAAUUAUUGCUAUUGUUGUUAUAAUUUUUUUUACCAACUAUAACUCUGCUUAUUGUUUGUCGAUCAAACGAUGGAACUUGUGAAGUUUCAUAAACGCUUGCAGAGCCCUGUGGAAAAGGGUGGAAGGACUGUAACAUAAGCCACUUGCAUCUUCUAUGUCUGUUUUUUUUUUUUUUUUUUUUUAACAAAUUAAAUUCAACAAGGAGACAGACUUUUAUUUCAGUGCUACAAGUUAAUUCCUUGUCCUUCGUUUCGAUGAAUUCGAAUGCUUUACAGGAAAUUUGUUUUGUGAGCCGGCCGUGCUCUUCGGCCAGAGAGGUUUAACUUAUUGAGAAAGACUUGCUGUUUUUUCUACCUUUUUCACAAGUAAUGCAUCAAUGCUUAGAUAAUGUAAUUAAAAAAAGAUAAUUGA